AUGGUGUUCAUGGGUCAAUUUGGGAUGCUGGUGGCUAUGGCAGCCCUGGCGGUUGCUGCACCGGCACGACCAGUGCCUCGAGAUGUCUCAUCCGCUACGUUGAGCGAGUUGACUCUGUUCGCCGAAUAUGCGGCGGCCGCGUACUGCUCGAACAAUAUUGGCUCCACGGGCGAUGCCAUAUCAUGCUCAGGAGGCUACUGCCCAGAGGUGCAGUCCGCAGGAGCGACGACCCUAUACGAAUUUGAAGACUCUACCGACUUUGGCGACGUGACAGGCUUCUUCGCCGUCGAUAAUACCAACAAAUUGCUGGUGCUGUCCUUCCGAGGCAGUUCUACCCUCAGCAAUUGGAUUGCCAACCUAGACUUUGGUUUAACCGAUGCCAGUAGCCUCUGCAGUGGCUGCGAGGCUCACUCUGGAUUCUACAAGUCCUGGGGAGUCGUCGCUGAUACUCUGACCGCGCAAGUUGCGAGUGCCGUGUCGACUUAUCCCAGUUAUACACUGGUCGUGACCGGUCACAGCCUGGGCGGUGCCUUGGCUGCGCUGGGUGGAACUGCCCUCCGCAAUGCGGGAUAUACUGUGGAUAUAUAUACCUAUGGCCAACCACGUGUAGGUAACACCGCGCUGGCCGACUAUAUGACGAAUCAGGGCUCCCUCUGGCGUGUCACCCACUCGAAUGACAUCGUGCCCAAGCUACCUCCAGCUUCGUGGGGAUUCACCCAUGCCAGUCCUGAGUACUGGAUUACCAGCGGUAAUGAUGUGACCGUCACGACUAGCGAUGUCACCGAAGUCACUGGCGUGGGCUCGAGUGCUGGUAAUGCUGGAACAAGUGGAGAUACUCAGCGCCUGUCACCUCCCCCCAAUAUCGCCAUGUUGUUCGCCCCGAGCGGACCGCAGAGUCCCCGUCGUCGCAAUCGCCUGAAAGCUAUCUUUAUCACCAUCGGCAUCGUCCUCGCAAUUUAUUUCCUUUUCUUCGCCGGCAACGAAUCUUCCCAUUCCACCUAUCAUGACCAACCUAACAAAUAUGCGCAUAAACCUGAAUCCCUCACGACACCCAAGGCUGCGGACGAGCUGGCUCGCCCUGUGGUCCGACGACACAAGGAUAUGGUCGUGGCCAGCAUGAAGAGUGAUGAUACCUCGUGGCUGGCCGAGUACUUUCAAGAUUGGUCGCGGAGUAUCUACGUGGUGGAUGAUAUGAAUGCCCCGUUGACCGUUGCGCGCAACAAAGGGCGCGAGUCGAUGGUGUAUUUGACGGUCGCUGACAUGAAACCCCUCUUGACUCACAGAUACAUCAUUGACAACUACGAAAACCUUCCCGAUAUAAUGCUCUUCAUCCACUCCCAGCGCUACCAAUGGCACAACGACGACCCCUACUACGACGGUGUCCCCAUGUUGCGCAACUUCCAAACCUCCUACCUCCAAAAAGAAGGAUACGUGAACCUCCGCUGUGUCUGGACCCUCGGUUGCCCAGUGGAGAUUCACCCCCUCAGCGAUAUCCACCGUGAAGACGUACACGCGGGCGAGUACUUCAAACAUGCCUUUAUUGAAUUAUUCCCCGAUAAACCGGUGCCCGAAGAAGUCGGCGUAUCAUGUUGCGCGCAGUUCGGUGUGACUCGGGACCGAGUAUUGAUGCGGCCCAAGAGCGACUAUGAAUUCUAUCGCAAGUGGCUUACGGAAACGGAAUUGAAGGACGAGAUGAGUGGACGGAUCAUGGAGUAUUCAUGGCAUAUGAUAUUCGGCAAGGAGCCUGUCCACUGCCCGGAUGCCAAAGAAUGCUACUGCAAUGUCUUUGGGCUGUGCAAUUUGAAUUGUCCCGGACCGAAUGCGUGCGAUGACCGAUAUGUUCUGCCUCCCUACUCACCGCUGCCCAAGGGCUGGCCGUAUCUUGGGUGGAAUGGCCAGAAGCAGGACCCAACACAUGGGCUGCCUGAAUCUUGA